AUUUCUUUUUUUAGCUUCCUCAAGAGCUUAAGACCGCUUUGUAAAAGUUGGAGGAAAGUGUACUCUUCGUAAGGAAAAAAGGAGGGACUCCGCACAGAGGAGACCCCCGCCUUUUUUUAACAGUGUGUCCGUACGUCGCCGAUAUUACGCGAGCAAAAUCUCGAGAAAGUGCAUUUCUCCGGUGGAUCGAGAGACGCGUUGGCCCAUUCAAGUUCCACACAAAGUAUAGUUGGGAUUUUAGCACCGGAAUAAAACCGAGAGCGGUUCAAACGCCUCGUAGAGUCUGCUCUUAACGUUAAAGCCAUUUGUCAGAGGCGAAAUUACUCGAAAUUAAGUCAAAUGGAACUCUAAAAGUAAGUCUAUUUUUUGAACGAUCUCGAGGAGAGUGAGAGCAAAUUGGAGUAUCGAGGAGUUCGACGUACGAGCACGAGGAACCAUGUCCUGCGCUAUAAAAUUGGCGAUAUCAACGUUGAUACUAUCGAUAUCGACAGCAUCGAGUUUCCCCACGUUGUUCGAGAGUGCGAAAAGUGAUUUGGAGAGGCCGAGCAAGCUUUUCGACAGCCCUAAAAGCGGUUUCAGUAUCGACGAUACGCUACUGGACGAGAUCAAGAGUUACGGUCUGGUAGGGAACGACAUAAGGACAGUGCCAUGGCCGGUCCACAGUAAAUAUGAUUUCAUAGUCGUUGGCUCAGGCUCCGGAGGCUCGUCGGUGGCGAACCGACUCUCGGAAAAUUCCAAAUGGAGAAUUCUCUUGAUCGAGGCUGGAAUACCCGAAAAUCUAAUAGUUCAAAUACCCGUGACGGUGAGCACUUUGCAGCAGACCCCUUACAACUGGGGCUACAGAGUUCAACCGCAGAAAAAAGCCUGCCUGGGGAUGAAAGACCGUCGUUGUACUUGGCCGAGAGGCAAAUCACUGGGUGGCACGAGCAGCAUCAAUUACAUGAUUCAUAAUCGCGGAAAUAAAUUGGACUACGAUGAGUGGGCGGAAGAUGGUAACGAAGGCUGGUCCUACGAGGAUGUGUUGCCCUACUAUAGGAAGAGCGAAAGAUUCAGGGUCCCAGGCAAUUAUAACUCGAGCUACCACGGAAAAAAUGGUCACUUGUGCGUGGAACACGUGCCAUAUCACUCGCCAUUAGCGACAGAGUUUCUGAAAGCUGGCAAAGACCUGGGCUACGAGGUAGUGGAUUACAACGGAGCAGAGCAAAUUGGCUUUUCGUAUUUGCAAGUGAACAUGGAUCGGGGUACGAGAUGCAGCGCAUCGAAAGCUUACUUGCGAGUGGAGAGACCGAACCUGGACAUUGUAACGCAGGCUCAAGUGACGAAAAUUUUGAUCGACGAGAAGAAGCGAGCUUACGGUAUUGAAUACAAAAAGAAGGGUCGGACGGACAAGGUGUACGUGAGGAAAGAAGUCAUCUUAUCGGCGGGAACAAUCGAUUCGGCUAAACUAUUGAUGCUUUCGGGAGUGGGACCGAGCGAUCAUCUCGAGGAACUAGGAAUCGAGGUGAUCAAGGACGCCAAAGUGGGUUACAACCUCUACGAACAUCUUGGCUUCCUCGGGAUCACUUUCAAAAUAAAUGCGAGUGUAACUUUGGUCCUAUCGCGAGUAGUGACAAAUCCAAAGAAUUUUAUCGAUUAUGGUCUUCACCGGAAGGGACCGAUCACACUCCCCGGAGGUCCCGAAUCGAUCGCGUUCAUGCGCACUAAAUACGCACUCGAUGAGAGGCCUGAUCUUGAAUUAUUAUUCAUCGGUUCUUCCAUCGCCGCGGACAACGGACUCAGCGUGUACAAAGGCUACGGAGUAUCGGAUGAGGCGUACAAAAAGGUUUAUAAACCCCUGGAGAACCGAGAUGCUUGGACCGUCUGGCCAAUCGUACAAAACCCUCGAAGCCACGGCCGCAUAAAAUUGAAAUCGAAAGACCCCUUCGAGGCUCCCAUCAUCGAGGGCAACUUCUUCACUCAUCCAAUCGACGUGGAAAUUUUACUCGAAGGCGUCAAGCAGGUCAUCAACAUCUCCAAAACCGAGCGUUUCCAAGCUUACGGCAGUCAAAUUCAUAAAGCCAAAGUUCCUGGAUGCACCAAAUACGCUUUCGGCUCCGACGACUACUGGCGAUGCGCCAUCAGACAUCUACCGGCUACGAUGAAUCACGUUAUCGGCACUGCCAAAAUGGGCCCGGCCAGUGAUCCGGACGCCGUUGUCGAUCCACAAUUGAAAGUUCAUGGGAUCGAACGUCUCAGGGUCGUCGAUGCUUCCAUCAUGCCCAAAAUUCCGGUCGGUCAUAUAAACGCUGGAAUUUAUAUGAUUGGCGAAAAAGCAGCUGAUAUGAUCAAAGAAACUUGGUCGUGAAAACGCACCUUAAUGCUUUCUACAAUAAACUCAAUACUCGAAGCACUCGAUGUGCUCCUCCAACCAUAAAAAUUACGUUAAGAAAGUAUAAACCAUUGAAAAUAUACUUGUUAAGGCUGAAAAUACGUACAAAAUGUAUUUAAGAUGUAACAUUAAACGAAUUUUUGUAUGUA